AAGUUUUGUGAGGUCGUCUCCUGUAAAUAAUAUAUCUCAUUUCUGUAGCGAUACACUGUAUUUAUUCAACGUAUUUCCCAUGGAGAGCAGAUUACCUAAAUGUUGAAAGCUUACUGUAAAAGGUGGCAGUUUUCUGCCAGCAUGUUUGCUGUUUAUCAGCUCGAUAUGCUAACUUUAGCCUGAUAUUUAGCAUCUCAGGACGCUAGCCAUUCAGCUAAUCAGAGGUUAUUACGGGAGCUUGUUUUCAGAGGCCUGUAUCCGAAUGAGAUGGAUAUUUGAAAUGGCAUGUCAUCUGUAGCUUCGCGCUGAACUGACGCACAGCAAAGUGUCUUGUGGUACAUCAUCUGAGGUGUCAUCAGGGGAAAUCCAAUUGUCUGGUAUCCGAGGUCAAGCUUGCCUUGAUGUUGGACCUCCUGCCUAGCAUGCAGCCAUGAGCUCCGCCCUGUGGAGCCAGGAGAAGCCCAGCGGGGGCUUCAGGGAGGACUGGCGCUUCUACAUGGUCAUCAAGGAGUGUACGGUGGAGAAGACUCCCCAGAAGACCCUGAGGAUCCCCCGCGGCAGCCUCGGUCAGGCCUGCCAGGAGCGCAACAGCCUUGGGAGAACGCUGCCUCCAAACAAGGGCAAAAAAAGUCUCCGCAUCCUGGACCAGACCAACGUGGUGCUGAGCCUGGAUGAGCGGGACGUCCUGGAGCUGGACGAGAAGCUGGCAGAGCUGCUGUUCCCCAUCACCAACUGUGAGGAGCGCUACGGCCUGCUCUGCAACAAGUCCCGGCUUGAGCGCGUCCGUGAUAUUGACUGUGGUUCGAAGGUGCGCGUCCAGCUGCGCUCGGGGGACGAACCUCUGCCCGGUGUGGUCCGCUUCAAGGGUUCGCUGCUCCCUGACAGAGCCCUCUCUGGAAUCUGGUUUGGAGUAGAGCUGCUGGAGGAGGGCCGGGGCCAGGGCUUCACCGAGGGAUCCUACCAGGGACGGCAACUGUUCCGCUGUGAGGAUGAGUGCGGUGUGUUUGUGGCCCUGGACAAGCUUGAACUCUGGGAGGACGACGAUGACGAAGCUUUGGGAGAGCUGGAGGUGGACCACGUCAAUCUGGUGGAAGACGACCAGGACUUUCCUCCUCUGGAGAUCAACUCCAGGGUCCUGGUGCAGACCAGGGACGGGCCGGAGAGAGGGACCAUCAUCUUCUGUGACCUGUUGCCCGGCAACGAGAGCCUAGGCUACUAUGUGGGAGUUGACAUGGACAAUCCCAUCGGGGACUGGGAUGGUGUGAUCGAUGGGAAGCUGCUGUGUAAUUUUGCCAGUUUGGAGCACACUCGACUCGUACCCAUCUGUGACGUAAUGCCAGAUUAUUCCAUGCAGGACCAAAGGCUGCAAAAGCACAGUUUUGCCCCCAGAGGCACCAACAGUGAAAAGUCGUCCUCUGGCCAAAGCAAACCAAAGAGCAAAGGAUUAGGUCAUCAGUGUGGCAGUAGAAGCAAGUCUGAGUUUUACUAUACUUUAAAUGGCAGCUCUGUUGACCCCCCCGCCCAGUCCAAAUCCAAAAGCACAUGGUACAUUGACGAAGUUGGGGAGGACCCCGCCAAGUCACUCACUGACACGCCCCCCGACUUCAACCAGUCCCCCCCGCCCUCCCGAGCCCCGCCCUCCGCCUCGCUGUCCAGCGACAACAAGUUCCACUCCCUUCCCUUCAGCCUGAACCGUAAGACGGGCCCCAUCGACAGCAUGAGCCACGGGCCCCUGUCGCUGUCCGUGCAGUCGGUGAUGGGGGAGCAGCCCGAGCCCACGUCACCCGCAGCCCCUCCGUCGCCGCGGCCUUCGACGCCCCCCCGAGGACAGCCCGGUCUGGAGGUGGGCUCUCUGGUGGAGGUGAAGGAGAACCCCCCUCUGUGCGGGGUCAUCCGCUGGGUGGGGCUCCCCCCUGGCCUGCUGGAGCCUCUAGCUGGGCUGGAGCUGGAGGAGGAGUGUCCCGGCUGCACUGACGGCACGUUCAAAGGCACGCGGUACUUCACAUGCCCUCCUAAAAAAGCUCUGUUUGUGAAGCUCAAGUGCUGCCGGCCCGACUCCCGCUUCCCGUCCCUGCAUCACUCCUCCAACCCCAUCGAGCGCUGCAACUCCAUCGCAUUUGGGGGGUACCUCAGUGAAGUGGUUCAUGAGAACACGCCUCCACGCACAGAGAACGACGGUCUGGAUGUCAUGGUGGGGAAAAAGAAAGGCAUCCAGGGCCACUACAACUCCUGCUACCUGGACUCAACACUCUUCUGUCUGUUCUCCUUCAGCUCUGUACUCGACACGGUUCUGCUGAGGCCGCGCUCAAAAACCGAUGUGGAGUAUUACAGAGAGACGCAAGAGCUGCUGCGCACUGAGAUAGUCAACCCGCUGCGCAUACACGGGUAUGUUUGUGCCACCAAGGUGAUGAAGCUGAGGAGGAUCCUGGAGAAAGUAGAAGCUGCCUCUGGGUUUACGUCUGAAGAAAAAGAUCCUGAGGAGUUCCUCAACAUCCUAUUCCAUCACAUACUGAGGGUGGACCCGCUGCUCAGGCUAAGGUCAGCAGGGCAGAAGGUGCAGGACUGUUACUUCUAUCAGAUCUUUAUGGACAAGAAGGACAAGGUGGGAGUCCCCACCAUCCAGCAGCUGCUCGAGUGGUCCUUCAUCAACAGCGACCUCAAGUUUGCAGAGGCUCCCUCCUGCCUUAUCAUCCAGAUGCCCCGCUUCGGCAAAGACUUCAAAAUGUUCAACAAGAUCUUCCCCUCGCUGGAGUUAGACAUCACAGACCUUCUGGAAGACACUCCGAGGGAAUGUCGAAUCUGCGGCGGCCUGGCUCUGUACGAGUGUCGAGACUGUUAUGAGGACGGGGACAUCACGGCGGGAAAGAUUAAACAGUUCUGUGAAAAGUGCAAUACGCAGGUUCACCUCCACCCGAGGAGGAAAACCCACCGGCAUGGGAAGCUCUCCGUCCCCAAGGAGCUGCAGGAGGGCUCGGGGCGGCAGGGCUCGUUCCCCCGCCAGAGGAUGGAGCUGUUCGCCGUGCUGUGCAUCGAAACCAGUCACUACGUGGCCUUCGUCAAGUAUGGCAGCGCAGACUCCUCCUGGCUUUUCUUCGACAGCAUGGCUGACCGGGACGGGGGACAGAACGGCUUCAACAUCCCGCAGGUGUCUCCCUGCCCGGAGGUGGAGGCGUACCUGAAGAUGACCCCCGAGGAGCUGCACACCCUGGACCCUAAGAGCAUCCAGGGCCAGGCCCGCCGCCUGCUGUGCGACGCCUACAUGUGCAUGUACCAGAGCCCGACCAUGAGCCUGUACAAGUAGAAACCUCUCCCCCAAAACCCUCCACCAUCGCCUCCCCUCCAGCUACACCGCCUCCCCCACUCCCCAAGGGCAGGAGAUUCCCAGAAAGACCAAAAAAAAAGAGAAGAAAAACAAGCUAGAAGAAGAAAGGCUGGGGGGGGGGGGCUGUCCGGAGUUAACCCUCUCCAGCCUGCCUCUGAAAGAGAGAUGAAAGAGAGGGGGGGGGAAGCCUAUUUGCACUGUGCAUCAGUUGAAGUGUUGUGAUCUUCAUGUAGUCCCAUGUAGCUUCCCUGUGUCUCACUGCUGAGGUUGAGGGGGUGAUGAAGCUGAGGGAGGCCUCGUGGAGACGCACCGGGCAUGCUUGCGUUGCAGCGACUGACAUAAACACGUGCAACAAAAACAAGACGAGCUAGUGGGACGACCUCCUCCACCUCAUUUACCUUAAGACAAGAGGAGGCCUGCUAUUCUUAAUCACUGUAGAACAGGGGGGGGGCUUCAUCAUGCAGACCCUCAUCCAGCCUGUGUGUGCUGCUCCCUAAAGAACCUGUAAAAUCUCUUAGUAGCAUAGACUUCCUGAGGUAGUACCAUCAUCGUCCACCUACUGUGCAUUAACAUCAGUUUGCAUAUCCCCCCCCCCAUCACGCUGUGUAAAUGUCCUUACAGUACAUGUUUCUUUUGCAGAGAACAGAUGUAGCCAUUGUAAAAGCCUCUCACUGCACAUCUCGCUCAAACAAUGCUGCACUUUUUGCUCCAGUGGACCUAUCAGGAAACAUUUUCCUCUUUCCUCUCCUCCCAUUGGAAGUCACAGCGAGUGCUAAUUUGUUGGUCGGGGAGACAUCAGAGUUUUGUGUUACGGAAUACAAAUGUGCUCCGUAAAGAGCGCUUUGCAUUGCAAAUGGCCAGGAGAUGCCAGAUAAAUGCAUGAGGGGAGACUGGUACAAUGGCUCCUGUUAUAGAGCACUCCAUGCAUUCACAGGGUCAAUGAGGUGAGAUCCUGGGGAAAAGCCUGGCUGUUUUCUUUCAAUUAAGGGAUGCGAGGAAUUUCACAUGCAGUGUUUUUAAGUGUCUGACUCAUGGUGUUGAUGACUAAAUAUAAAUUAUAUUUUAAGUUUACAAAGCCUUUCUUUUCCUUUUGCCCGUCAUGGCAAGUAUUGACUUUUUGCUGCCUUCCAUGAAGAUGUGACAUGCAACGUUUCCAGCCGCGCGCCUGAUAACUAAACCAUAUUAUUUAUUAUAUUCUAAUCCUAAUAUAAACCUGUGUGUUAUCCCUUUUUAAGGAACCGAAACAGGGUUGAGGAUACUGCUUUGGGUACUGCUUGUCCCCUUUUCCGCAGUACAUUGAGGUGAGCUAUCGUAGUUUACUCACAGCAACUACUGAAUGUUACUAGUAACACGUUGAACAGUGUAAAGUUAACACAGGAUUGAAGUGAUGAUGCACAAGGCUGGUAACCCUUGUGCACAAUAUAAGUAUUUAAAGAAAUAUUCCAUUGUAAUCCAAUUUAAAAGUAAAGCAUACCUUGGAUUGAGUAGUUGUUUUUAUAUCUCACACACCAUUGGAUUGAACCAAGAAACCGCACAUGUUGGCAUCAGCAUUAUAUAUAUUUUUCCAAAACCACAACUUGAAAAUUGAUGUAGUUGUGAGUAUAAGACAGAAGUGUGAAGUAUAAGGGAGGUUUUUUUUUAUAAAUUAGGUUCCAGCUGACACUUCCAUGUUGCUCUGUGGUCGUUUCCACUGUCGGGACUUCCUGUGUGAACUCCUCCUGCUGAAGCUCGUCACUGACCGGAGCCUCGUCCUCACCACGGAGGACGACGGGGUUUUUGAUUUCCGUUUUCCUUUUUCUGUUGCAUCUGUACAGUAUAUACAUAUGUAACGGGUGGAAAAUUAAUGUCAGUGAUGUUCCUGUAAAUGUUAACAAAAUAAAGCCCGUUUUGAAGGGUG